GAAACUGGUAGUCUGGAUAUUGACAGUCUAGAUACUGGUAGUCUGGAUAUUGACAGUCUAGAUACUGGUAGUCUGGAUAUUGACAGUCUAGAUACUGGUAAUCUAGAUUUUACUGGGAGAAUAAAUACAGGUAGACUAGAUACUGGUAGUCUAGAUACAGGUAAACUUAUUACUGGUAGACUAGACACUGGUAGUCUAGCUACUGGUAGUCUAGAUACUGGUAAACUAGAUUCUGGUAGACUAUAUACCGACAAUUUAGAUACUGAUACUGGUAGUCUAGAUUCUGGUAGACUAGAUACUGGUAAUCUAGAUAUUGGCAAUCUAGAUAUUGGUAGUAUAGAUGGUGGUAGUCUAGAAACUGGUAGUUUAAAUACUUGUAGACUAGAUAUUGGUAAACUGGAUACCGGUAGUCUAAAUACUGGUAGUCUAGAUACUUGUAGUCAAGAGAUUGGUUAA